UUGAUACAGUCCAACAAGGAGAUUGAAAACUAUCGCUCAGCAAUGUCUAGGAUGGCAGAAGACAUAAUAACACUUAGGACACAGGUGCUGUCUUUGGAGGCAGAAAACAGUCAGCUCCGCAGUGAUCUGUCUCUUCAGCAGGACCUUGGACGGGAUCUUCUGGCCGACACUGACAUUGAUGUCAUGACCAAGGCUGAAAUUGCUGACCGAAUAGCCACUCUAAAAUUCAAGCUCGCCAGUGAGGUGAGCAAGGCCGCCACACAAAGGGACCGCAUACAACAUCUGCAGAAUGAGCUCAUCCGGAAAAAUGAUAGUGAGCAGGAGCUAUUAAAGCUCUGCAGAGUCCUCCAGCAGGAGCAGAAGAAUCUGCAGCAUCACCAGAGUCACUUGGCAAAGAUGGCAACUUUAGAGGCCACAGUGAAACAGCAGGAAGAGGUCAUAGAAAAAAUGGAGAAAGCAUUAGAUGGAAAGCUCAGAGACAAGAAUAUUCAUCGUGGUGACAAAAGGCUGAUGCUAAUGGAAAGAGAUGGCCUUAAAAAGAAGGAAAUGAAAUCAGCCUUAGCAGCAGAGAACGGCCGUCUCAGAAAAGAGCUGGAAAGGAUUCACCAGCUGCCGGCACCACUCAAAACACAGCAGUCAGACCAGGAGGAAUGGAGUUUACGACAUAAAUUGGAGAGGGCUGAAGCACGAAUCCAAACACUGGAAGCUCAGCUGGAGGAGAACGCUACAGUAUGGGGGAGAGAGAAGCAAGAAAUGCUGACCAAACUGAGCGAGCACAGGCACGGCUUCAUCCGGACAUCCACAGCAAUCCUUCAAAAUGUUCCUUCGCUCCUUAUACCAGCAAAGAGGACAGCAGAAGCAAAACCUGUAAAAAGACCUGCAAAUGAAUUGAACUGUUGAUGGGACACAGAGUCUGUGAUUUAAAAUUUAGAUCUAAUUCAAAUGUGAUGAUUUAAUCUGAAAAAGUGUGUUUAAAAUGUAAACCAUAGACAAUUACAUAUAAA